AUGGGCAUCGAAGAAAUUCGAGUUGUGCCAGUAUGCGGACUCUGCACUUGCUUGGGUCUGGUGAUCUUCACAUGCGUCGCAGUGCCAAUGUCCAUCAAGUCGAUGGAGCAAGGCAGAACCUCUGUGCAAUUGCAGUGGAUGACACAGGAAAUCCUUGACGAGGUAAUAACAGAGCCGGGCCUCAAGUGGGUGGGCCUUGGCAAUUAUCUCCUCGAGUAUCCCGCAACCUUUAACACCAUGUACUUCAUCCAAGAUGGGCGAGGAGUGGCAGGAGCGGAAGUGCCAGAACUCUUCUCUCCGAUGCUCCGUGGACCCAUCCGUGCGAGAUCAGCCGAUGGGUUGGAGAUGCAAGUUUCUGUGUCGUUUCAGUGGAGGCUGAGGCCCGACGCACUCAAAGAUUUGUACAACAUUCUCGGGGAGACCAUGUACCGGGACGAGUUCGUUCGAUUUGCCCGGGCUGCAAUCAUCGAGUCCUGCUCGUUAUUUGCCGCUGAUCAGUAUUUCACAGAGCGCCGAACGAUUACAGCAAAGAUGCUAGAGGUGCUACAGUCAAACUUCGACAAGCCCGAGCUGGGUCUGCGGAUGGAGAUCACCGGCCUUCAGCUGAGGGAGGUGGACUUGCCGGACGAGUACGAUGAUGAAAUUGAGAAUACACAAGAGCAAAUGCAAGAGGUAGAAGUUGGGAAAGCAGAGCGUCAGGAGCAGAUCAUCAUUAAGGAAGCUGAGAAGUUGGUUGCGAUUCAGAAGGUUGAAGAGCUGAUAAGAGCGGCUCAAGGGCAAGCUCGCCGAGUCCAGCUCCAAAACGAGGCAACCAUCACUCAGCUCAAGCUGGUUCAGCAGAAGCAAGCGGAGGCAAAUGCGGCCAUCCUUCAACAGUUUGCAAACGACACGCAGCCCUUUCAAAGGCUGUUCGAAGUCAUGGAGAUCCGUGUCCUUGAAGAUCACACGGCAGAGAAGAUGGCUGUCAGCAUGUGA